AUGCAACUUGAAAAUAUCAUGAGUUCGACCGACAACUACGACAAAACCCUCGGUCUCAUUUUUGUCCUCCUCGCCUUUAUCGUCAUCAUGACAAUCUUCGUCGCCGCUUUCUUUCUCUACGCAAGACUUUGCCUUGGCUUCGGCGUGGAAAGAGGCUACCCGAUCAAAGACGACGACUUCUCCUUCUUCAAAGGCCGCGUUCCCACCUUCGCCGGCCCGAAUCAAACAUUUUCGAAGAGUUUCACCUACCACAUCGCCUCUUCUCCGAUUCCUCCCAGCCCCGCUCGAGUCAAGCUCCUGAAUCUGCUCUCCGAAGCCCAACCAAUUUCGACCCCGAAGCUCUGGCUCAACACAAGCAACAGAAACGACAACGCUUAUGCUGUCAACAUUCCAACCAUCAACCCUAACGAGAUCGUCCACGACAUGGAAUUCUUCGAAAUCGAUUCCGAAACUUCCAGCGUUUCUAUGUCCAGCACUCAGUCCGGCGUCAACUGGUUCCACGCGAUCAAGGACAAAAUCAGCCAAAAUCAACAGUACAAAAAAUGCAGUGAAAGCGAAACUUCCGAUAGCUACGACGAGAUCGAAGAAUACACCCCGCGCAAAACAACAAAAAGAAGAAUCGAAUAUACGAAGACAAUCGGGCGAAUUCGCAGACAGCUGACGAAGGAAUUUGACUUUACCAUUUCUACCCUGUAA